UGAAAGAACUUGCAAAAACAGCCUCCUCAUUUAUCAGUUGAUGGUGAGCUCGGACCAUUUUUUUUUUGCUUUCGGAAUAUUUUCAGGUAUUUUCAUUUAUUGGAAAAAAUAUAGAAAAAUGCUGCCACUAAAUGGAAUUUAUACUUCACCGACUCCGUUUGAUCCAAGUACAGUGGAAGAGAGCUCUUUGUCCGACUUCAUCUUCAAGACUAUUCGUACUAAUUUUGAUAAACUCAAGGACAAGGAAUGGAUAAUCGAUGGAAAUACAGGUGUCAAAGUGUAUUUUCGGGACGUAGAGGACGACUCAAAAAAGAUUGCGAGUGGUCUAACGAGGCUGGGGUUUAAAAACCGAGACGUUCUUUACUACGUGACUUAUGAGACAGCGGUUUUGUAUCUACUGCAUGUUGGCGUUUGGAGAUUGAACGGAGCUGUCAGAGGAUGCUACCAAAAGGAAGCUGUUAAGGAAUACGCACGACAAAUAAUUGAGACAAAAGCGAAAUUUGUCCUGGUUGACAAGCAGACAGCAGAUUUGCUCACCCAAGCCAUCAAGCUUGUGGACUGGCCGAUUAAAUUGAUCACGUUUGGUGAAUUAGAUUUGCCAGGAUCAACGUCUGUGGAAAAAUUGCUCAAAGAUGAUUGCUCUGCAUAUCCUGAGAAAGUGGAGGUAAAUUGGAAGGAUGAUUUUGUGAUUGUACCAAACACAAGCGGCAGUACUGGUCUACCAAAAGGCGUCAUGCACACUCAUUUCAACUUGAUUUACUCCAACCACAUUUUAAACGGCAUAUCAGAAUUUUCCUGGACAUAUAUGACACCAAUGUCUAAUUAUGCGAUGGGCUGUCUGAUUUUUGCCGUUCACAGCAUUUAUCACAGUUGCACUUUAAUCCAUUUGGGUACUUUUGAAAAAGAAAAGUACUUUGCCUACAUCGAUAAGUAUAGGCCAGAAAAUGUUCUGAUGUAUCCAUUUGUGGCCACCUGGUUCGCAAAAAGCGACAAACUGGACUCGAGCAACCUGAGCUGCAUAAAGGCCAUUAGCAUCGCUGGCUCUGUGCUAGAUCCGACCACUGCUGAAUUGCUGGCGAAAAAAUUGCCAAGUAUUAAAAUUAUCCAGGUUUAUGGCAUGACGGAAGCAUUAAACAUUUCCUGCUCUUUGAUUGGAGCUGAUACUCAUGGAGAGUAUAAAGACAAGAAGAUAAUUACUAUCGAAAAUCAAGGGGAAAUUUGUGUCUCGACCGGGAAAUUAGUCCCUACAGUUCAGGCGAAAGUGAUCGACAUCGCCACUGGAAAGUGCCUGGGUUCAAACAAGAGGGGUCAUGUUCUUGUCAAAACUCCAGCUAUAAUGAAGGGAUAUUUAGCACACAAUCCUGAAUCGCCCUCUAGUUCUGACAUUGACAAUGAUGGCUGGCUGCACACUGGCGAUAUCGGCUUCUUUGACGAUCUGGGAAACCUUUAUAUCAAAGAAAGAGUCGACAUAAUGUUCAAAUAUUACAUGUUCGUCGUAUCACCGACUGAGAUCGAAGUCGUCUUGCAAGAGCACCCUGGCGUGUUACAAGUGGGGGUGGUCGGCUUGCCGCACCCUGAGAGCACCAGUGUCGCGAAGGCCUUUGUGGUGCGCAAGCCAGGGCGCAAUUGCACCGAGCAAGACCUCUGCAAGUUCGUGGCAGACCGUUUGCCCAACUACAAGCAUUUGCACGGUGGCGUCGAGUUUGUCGAUCGACUACCUGAAAGCAGGGGCAACAAACUCGACAGGGUCGCUCUUAAGAAGUACGCGAUUGAGAGAAUGUGAUGCCGUUUACUUGUGCCAAUAAUAAAAGUUAGGUAAAUACUUGUUUUGAUAUUUAAAUAAAAAUUCAUUUCAAAAGUACAAUGUC